CUUCCUGGCAGCUUCCGGACUGGGAAGGCGCUGAAGCCGUUUCCGCCGCCAUUGCGGAUUUCAGAGAAGAUCAGCCAUAGCCGCUGCUAUUCACCGAUGCGGUGCAGAAAGCAUACACAGAAGGGGGAUACGUCCAACAUUUAACUCCUACGCGCUUUCGGAAACCAACAACCCCGUAAAUCAUUCUCUGUUUUUCGUCGUGUCAUCGUUUUCCCUGACUGGCUUCGACCUACACGAACAGCGAGGUCGUAGCUAGCGCGGUGCUAUCGCCUAGCUAGCUAGCUGGAAGGCUAGAAUUUCAGGACUCCGGAGAAGCUUAAGAAAACCACCAUGGCUCAGAUCCUGCCUAUCCGCUUCCAGGAGCACCUACAGCUCCAGAACCUGGGGAUAAACCCAGCGAACAUCGGCUUCAGCACGCUCACUAUGGAGUCAGACAAGUUCAUAUGCGUCAGGGAGAAAGUGGGCGAGCAGGCGCAGGUCGUCAUCAUUGACAUGGCCGACCCCAACAAUCCCAUCCGCCGGCCCAUCUCCGCUGACAGUGCCAUCAUGAACCCCGCCAGCAAGGUGAUCGCGCUCAAAGACGCUGCAAAGACGCUGCAGAUCUUUAACAUUGAGAUGAAGAGCAAGAUGAAGGCUCACACAAUGACAGACGAUGUGACCUUCUGGAAGUGGAUCUCUCUGAACACCGUGGCGCUGGUCACAGACAACGCCGUGUACCACUGGAGCAUGGAGGGCGACUCCCAACCAAUCAAAGUCUUUGACCGCCACUCCAGCCUGGCGGGCUGUCAGAUCAUCAACUACCGCACUGAUGCCAAACAGAAAUGGUUGCUUCUAAUUGGCAUUUCAGCACAGCAAAACCGUGUUGUUGGAGCCAUGCAGUUGUACUCUGUGGACAGGAAGGUGUCCCAGCCCAUUGAAGGGCACGCUGCAGGCUUCGCUCAGUUCAAGAUGGAGGGCAACGCCGAAGAGUCCACUCUGUUCUGUUUCGCCGUUCGGGGACAGGCGGGAGGAAAACUUCACAUCAUUGAAGUGGGAACUCCUCCAACCGGGAACCAGCCAUUUCCAAAGAAAGCCGUCGACGUUUUCUUUCCUCCAGAAGCACAAAACGACUUCCCUGUUGCCAUGCAGAUCAGCUCCAAGCAGGAUGUGGUCUUUCUCAUCACCAAGUACGGCUACAUCCACCUGUACGACCUGGAGACGGGAACGUGCAUCUAUAUGAACAGAAUCAGCGGGGAGACUAUUUUCGUCACUGCCCCCCAUGAACCCACAGCUGGAAUCAUUGGAGUUAACAGGAAAGGACAGGUUUUGUCUGUUUGUGUGGAGGAGGAGAACAUCAUUCCCUACAUCACCAACGUGCUCCAGAAUCCAGACCUCGCUCUGCGCAUGGCCGUCCGCAACAACCUCGCUGGCGCCGAGGAGCUGUUCGCUCGCAAGUUUAACACCCUCUUUGCAGCAGGGAAUUACUCUGAAGCUGCCAAGGUGGCAGCCAACGCGCCUAAGGGCAUCUUAAGAACCCCAGACACCAUAAGAAGGUUCCAAAGUGUCCCGGCUCAGCCCGGGCAGACGUCUCCGUUACUUCAGUACUUUGGCAUCCUUCUGGAUCAAGGACAGCUGAACAAGUUUGAGUCUCUGGAACUGUGCAGACCUGUCCUUCAACAGGGACGCAAGCAGCUGCUGGAAAAAUGGCUAAAAGAAGAUAAGCUUGAGUGUUCUGAAGAACUCGGAGACCUGGUGAAAUCUGUCGAUCCGACUCUGGCCCUCAGCGUCUACCUCAGAGCCAACGUUCCCAACAAAGUCAUUCAGUGCUUUGCAGAGACGGGACAGUUCCAGAAGAUUGUCCUUUAUGCCAAGAAGGUGGGCUACACUCCAGACUGGAUUUUUCUGUUAAGGAAUGUGAUGCGGAUCAGUCCAGAGCAGGGCCUCCAGUUCUCCCAAAUGCUCGUCCAGGAUGAAGAACCUCUGGCUGACAUCACUCAGAUCGUUGAUGUUUUCAUGGAGUACAACCUGAUCCAGCAGUGCACGUCCUUCCUGCUGGAUGCUCUGAAGAACAACAGGCCCAUGGAAGGACCUCUCCAGACACGCUUGCUGGAAAUGAAUUUGGUCCACGCCCCACAGGUUGCAGACGCCAUCCUGGGAAAUCAGAUGUUCACCCACUACGAUCGUGCCCACGUGGCGCAGCUCUGUGAGAAGGCCGGCCUCCUGCAGAGGGCGCUGGAGCACUACACCGACUUGUACGACAUUAAGCGGGCCGUGGUCCACACUCACCUUCUUAACCCAGAGUGGUUGGUGAACUUCUUCGGCUCCCUCUCCGUAGAGGACUCUCUGGAGUGUCUGAGGGCCAUGCUGUCUGCUAACAUCCGUCAGAACCUCCAGAUCUGUGUGCAGGUCGCCUCCAAGUACCACGAGCAGCUCACGACCCAGUCGCUCACCGAACUGUUCGAGUCCUUCAAGAGCUUUGAGGGUUUGUUCUACUUCCUGGGCUCCAUCGUCAACUUCAGCCAGGAUCCAGAGGUCCACUUCAAAUACAUCCAGGCCGCCUGUAAGACGGGUCAGAUCAAAGAAGUGGAGAGAAUCUGCAGAGAAAGCAAUUGCUAUGACCCGGAACGGGUCAAGAACUUCCUCAAGGAAGCCAAGCUAACUGACCAGCUGCCCUUAAUCAUCGUCUGUGACCGCUUUGAUUUUGUUCACGAUCUGGUUCUGUACCUUUAUCGCAACAGCCUGCAGAAAUACAUUGAGAUCUACGUGCAGAAGGUGAACCCAAGCCGUCUGCCUGUAGUGAUCGGAGGUCUGCUGGAUGUGGACUGCGCUGAGGACGUAAUUAAGAAUCUUAUCAUGGUGGUGAGAGGUCAGUUCUCCACUGAUGAACUAGUUGCCGAGGUGGAGAAAAGAAACCGACUGAAGCUGCUGCUGCCCUGGCUGGAGGCUCGCAUCCACGAGGGAUGUGAAGAACCAGCAACCCACAACGCUUUGGCAAAGAUCUACAUCGACAGCAACAACAACCCCGAGCGCUUCUUAAGGGAGAACCCCUACUAUGACAGCCGUGUGGUGGGCAAGUACUGCGAGAAGAGAGACCCUCACCUGGCCUGUGUGGCUUACGAGCGAGGGCAGUGCGACCAAGAACUCAUUCACGUUUGUAAUGAGAAUUCACUGUUCAAGAGUCUGUCCCGUUACCUCGUACGCCGCAAGAACCCCGAGCUGUGGGCCAGCGUGCUGCUGGAGACCAACAACUACAGGAGGCCGCUCAUUGAUCAGGUUGUGCAGACCGCCCUGUCAGAGACGCAGGAUCCAGAGGAAGUGUCCGUCACCGUCAAGGCCUUCAUGACCGCAGACCUUCCCAACGAGCUCAUCGAGCUUCUGGAGAAGAUUGUGCUGGACAAUUCAGUCUUCAGUGAGCACAGAAACCUACAGAAUCUGCUCAUCCUCACAGCCAUCAAAGCGGAUCGAACCCGUGUCAUGGAGUACAUCAACCGCCUCGACAACUACGACGCCCCGGACAUCGCCAACAUUGCCAUUAGCAAUGAGCUGUUCGAGGAGGCCUUCGCUAUUUUCCGGAAGUUUGAUGUCAACACUUCUGCUGUGCAGGUUCUGAUUGAACACAUCGGGAACUUGGACAGAGCUUACGAGUUCGCAGAGCGCUGCAAUGAGCCUCCAGUGUGGAGUCAGCUGGCUAAGGCUCAGCUCCAGAAGGGCCUGGUAAAAGAAGCCAUCGACUCCUACAUCAAGGCGGAUGACCCUUCUGCUUACAUGGAGGUGGGACAGGCAGCAGCACAGAGUGGAAACUGGGAGGACCUUGUGAAGUUUUUGCAGAUGGCUCGCAAGAAAGCCCGAGAGUCCUACGUCGAGACGGAGCUGAUCUUUGCCCUGGCCAAGACUAACCGGCUUGCUGAGCUGGAGGAGUUCAUCAAUGGUCCAAAUAAUGCGCACAUUCAGCAAGUGGGUGACCGUUGCUAUGACGACAAAAUGUACGAGGCUGCCAAACUGCUAUACAACAACGUGUCCAACUUUGGGCGUCUGGCUUCCACGCUGGUGCACCUAGGAGAAUACCAGGCAGCUGUGGACGGGGCGCGCAAGGCCAACAGCACCCGCACCUGGAAGGAGGUGUGCUUCGCCUGUGUGGAUGGGAAAGAGUUCCGCCUUGCUCAGAUGUGCGGCCUGCAUAUCGUUGUCCAUGCGGAUGAGCUGGAGGAGCUAAUCAACUAUUACCAGGACCGUGGCUACUUUGAGGAGUUGAUCACCAUGCUGGAGGCGGCGCUGGGGCUGGAGCGCGCUCACAUGGGCAUGUUCACUGAACUGGCCAUCCUCUACUCCAAAUUCAAACCCCAGAAGAUGAGGGAACACCUGGAGCUCUUCUGGUCCCGUGUUAACAUUCCAAAGGUACUCAGGGCAGCUGAGCAGGCCCACCUGUGGGCGGAGCUCGUCUUCCUCUAUGACAAGUAUGAGGAGUAUGACAACGCCAUUAUCACCAUGAUGAACCAUCCAGCUGAUGCUUGGAAGGAAGGCCAGUUCAAAGACAUCGUCACCAAGGUGGCAAAUGUGGAGCUCUACUACAAGGCUGUCCAGUUCUACCUGGAGUUCAAACCGUUGCUGCUGAACGACCUGCUCAUCGUCCUCUCUCCUCGACUGGACCACACGCGGGCGGUUAACUUCUUCAGCAAGGUGAAACAGCUGCCUCUGGUUAAACCAUACCUUAGGUCUGUCCAGAAUCACAACAACAAGGCGGUGAACGAAGCACUUAACAACCUCUUCAUUAACGAGGAAGACUUUGCGGCUCUGCGCACAUCCAUCGACGCCUAUGACAACUUUGACAACAUCUCCCUGGCUCAGAGUCUGGAGAAGCACGAGCUGAUUGAAUUCAGGAGGAUCGCAGCUUAUCUGUUCAAGGGCAACAACCGCUGGAAGCAGAGUGUGGAGCUCUGCAAGAAGGACAAGCUCUACAAGGAUGCCAUGCAGUACGCAUCCGAGUCCAAAGACAUCGAGCUGGCGGAGGAGCUCCUGGCUUGGUUCCUGCUGGAAGACAAGAAGGAGUGCUUCGCCGCCUGCCUGUUCACCUGCUACGACCUGCUGCGGCCAGACGUGGUGCUGGAAACCGCCUGGCGACACAACAUCAUGGAUUUCUCCAUGCCAUAUUUCAUCCAGGUCAUGAGGGAAUACCUAUCAAAGGUGGACAAGCUUGAAGCCUCCGAGUCUCUGAGGAAACAGGAGGAGCAGGCCACCGAGUCCCAACCCAUUGUUUACGGCACACCCCAGCUCAUGCUCACGGCGGGGCCUAACGUGGCCGUGCCCCCUCAGCAGGCGUACGGCUACGGCUACCCGGCCGCCCCGGGCUACGGCCAGCCGCCACAGCCCAGCUUCGGCUACGGCAUGUGAACCCCCCCACCCCCCGACCUCCAGCUCCUUUCCCCCCAUCUGUUAUCUCUUUGUGUUCACCUCACCAGCUUCCCAUGGUCCUCUACUCACAACAGGGGCCACAAGCAAGCAGCAGUCCACUCUGGUGUCCACCACUUUGAUUUCUGCUCUUCUUCCUGUCCAUUCAAGCCACCUCGCCUCAUGAAGGACUUCUUAUUUGUGUUUGAGAGAGUUCUGACCAUGUUUGUUUUCACAUUCCAUAUUUAUUAAAUAAUUUAGCCUGUUUUUUUUGUGUGUGUUUAUACUUUGUGUUUUUUUUUAAGUGGUUUGUGCAGAAGUGGACUUGUUAAACCUUUGAAGUAGGUGGAGGAGCAUCGGAUUUUGCACUCAUGAAGAAACAGACGUCUGCCGUACUGACCGUGUGAUCGGCUUCCAUCGUCUCAUCUGUCCGUCUAGUUGUAUAUUCCUAAAGGGGGGGUGGGGUUACAAAUAAUAUUAAACAUAUAGCGCCAUUGAAAUGGCUACGACUAGUAACACUAAGUAAUGAUAGUAUAUUCUGCACAGGAGUGUCGCUUUAUGGAGUUUAAAUGCAUACAGAAGUAUGUCACUGUGUGACUGAGGGGGUGUGUGUGUGAGCGCGUGUGACCUGAAGGUCUAAAAUUAAAAUGAAAAAAAUAAAAAAAAGUCGGUAACCCGCCCCGCCAGCCUGCAGAGGGCUGUCCACUCCACCCUCCUAGAUAUUUGCUCUUCUUCAUGGCUCCAUGUAUAAGGUGACCUCUUGUGCCGUGUACAGUGUUUGUGUGGGACUGUGUUUGUGUACCUGCAAGGACGGGACCACGGUUAGCCGCCUCCCCCCCGGGGGCGGGGCUGGACCCGUGUGCGUGUGUGUGUAUUUACUCUGAAUCCUCUUCCUGUGUAUGCCAGCUGUUACCGUGUUUUCCCUCGGUCUCCAUAACCUUAUUUUUCCCCAGAAUGACAAACUGGAAACGACCCCCCCCCUCCCACCGGGCCGGUGGGUCCCUCCGUGUCCAUAAACACUCCUGUAGGUUGUGUGUUUAGAUGGUUAUGAUGAAGAAAUAAGGUCUCUGCAUCCAGGUGUUUAAGAAUGGUCUGGAACGAGAGCCUGAUAUUUACCUUGAUGUACUUCAACUCCUCCAUGCUUUAAAGCUGUGUGUGUAAAGUGUCAUCCUAACCCUAAACAUAAGUUUGAUUCCUUUUGGUUGUCAUGGAUAUUAAUGAUGAAGAGGAUCUGUCAUUGAUACAUGAAAGAAUAUGACUUAAGUGAAAGGGAAAUACUAGCCUAAAUAAAAGUGGAAAAAAUA